GGGGUGCGCGACCGGAGCGGAACGGAAAGGGGUCGGAGUCGCAUCCCGGCCGGAGCGGCGUGCUCAGUGGGACCCGAGGUCUGUCUGCAGGUUCUGAGCAUCUGAUCCCUGAACUGGAGUGUCUGCUGCCGCCCCCUUAUUCUCUGCAGAGAUGUCUGUCACCUACGAUGAUUCUGUGGGAGUGGAAGUGUCCAGCGACAGCUUCUGGGAGGUCGGGAACUACAAACGGACUGUGAAGAGGAUUGAUGAUGGCCACCGCCUGUGUGGUGACCUCAUGAACUGUUUGCACGAGCGGGCACGCAUCGAGAAGGCAUAUGCACAGCAGCUCACUGAGUGGGCCCGACGCUGGAGACAGCUUGUAGAGAAGGGACCACAGUAUGGGACCGUGGAGAAGGCCUGGAUGGCUGUCAUGUCUGAGGCAGAGAGAGUGAGCGAGCUACACCUGGAAGUGAAGGCAUCACUGAUGAACGAAGACUUUGAGAAGAUCAAGAACUGGCAGAAGGAAGCCUUUCACAAGCAGAUGAUGGGAGGCUUCAAGGAGACCAAGGAAGCAGAGGAUGGCUUUCGGAAGGCCCAGAAGCCCUGGGCCAAGAAGCUGAAAGAGGUGGAGGCGGCAAAGAAAGCACACCACACAGCGUGCAAAGAGGAGAAGCUGGCCGUCUCCCGGGAAGCCAACAGCAAAGCAGACCCAUCCCUCAACCCUGAGCAGCUGAAGAAACUGCAGGACAAGAUAGAAAAGUGCAAGCAGGACGUUCUAAAGACCAAGGACAAGUAUGAGAAGGCCCUGAAGGAGCUUGACCAGACUACACCGCAGUACAUGGAGAACAUGGAGCAGGUGUUCGAGCAGUGCCAGCAGUUUGAAGAGAAGCGCCUGCGCUUUUUCCGAGAGGUUCUGCUAGAGGUUCAGAAGCACUUGGACCUGUCCAAUGUGGCUAGCUACAAAGCCAUUUACCGGGAGCUGGAGCAGAGCAUCAAAACAGCUGAUGCUGUAGAGGACCUGAGGUGGUUCCGAGCUAACCAUGGGCCAGGCAUGGCUAUGAACUGGCCACAGUUUGAGGAUGAAGAGUGGUCUGCAGAUCUGAAUCGAACUCUCAGCCGAAGAGAGAAGAAGAAGGCUGCUGAUGGUGUCACCCUAACAGGAAUCAACCAGACAGGUGACCAGUCUGGACAGAACAAGCCUAGCAGCAACCUUAGUGUCCCGAGCAACCCCGCCCAGUCCACGCAGUUACAGUCCAGCUACAACCCCUUCGAGGACGAGGACGACACGGGCAGCAGCGUCAGUGAGAAGGAGGACAUUAAGGCCAAAAAUGUCAGCAGCUAUGAGAAGACUCAGAAUUACCCCGCUGACUGGUCUGAUGAUGAGUCUAACAACCCUUUCUCCACGGAUGCCAAUGGGGACUCUAACCCGUUUGACGAGGACACUACCUCAGGAACAGAAGUGCGAGUUCGAGCCCUCUAUGACUAUGAGGGACAAGAACACGAUGAGCUGAGCUUCAAGGCUGGGGAUGAGCUGACCAAGAUAGAGGAUGAAGAUGAACAGGGUUGGUGCAAGGGACGUUUAGACAGUGGCCAGGUUGGCCUAUACCCAGCCAACUAUGUCGAGGCUAUCCAGUGACAGUCCAUGGGCAGGCUGGCGGAGAGAUGGACAUGGGCAGUUCAGGAGCUCCGUUAGCCUUGACCUGGGCAGUGACACCUCUAGUGCCCCAGCAGCCAUGUAGGCAUCCACUCCCCCUGCAAAAGACGAUGGCUCUGCUGUCCUUGGCUUCCUAGUGUGCUGUGACGGCAGAUGAGCUGGUGAUUUCACUGCGCACUUGGCCCCUUUCCAAGCACAUCUGGGCAGAUCUGGGCACAGGAAGAUAUGGUCCAACAGCGAGCCAGGCCCCUCCCACCCUCCAGCUCUCUAUCAUGGAUCUGCACCUUCUUGCCCUUGUCUCUCCUGAGUCAAUGACGGAUCAUACUGAUUCUGGUUCCAUUGAUUAUUUUCUCUGAUGAGGCCCUACCUGCAAGUUCAGUGAACAGACUUACGUGCCAUUUCUGAGUAAAGAGUUUGAGGUUUUAAUUUAAAGGCAAUGUACAGUUAUACUUUUUUAUAUGCUCUUCCAGUCAGUUAAAUUAUGGCCUACACUGAUCUGAGAUGUUCUUCUCCACGUGAGCUGUCUUCAUUUCUCUGUGCUGUGUCCAGAUUGGGGUUGCUACAGCAGGGGUUCACUGGCAAGUGCCAGUUGCAGGAGUAACCUGUGCAAUGUCCCCAACCCUUCCAUAUUUAGAAAGUAUUUUCACUCUAUCCCUGCUUCAGUUUUUGCAGAUUAACAGUUUUAUUAGUGAUUUGGAAAGUUACCAGUGAGAAGACUAACUUUUCACAACAGCUGCCUCUGUAGACUGCGGUGCUUUACAUUAGACCGUCACGUCUCCUGUAUGUCUGUAUAUGUUAUUUGAUACUGAGAGUCUCUAGAGUUCACCCUCUGCUGAAUGAGAGCUGGUGGCUUCUGAUAGCAGAUCCUGCCAACUGCUUGAAGCCCAUGACAUUGAAGUCCAGGCAUGGCUGGCUAACAGCCCUACCAGUUAAGAUGUGGCUCUAACCUCAGAGUGGAGAUACUGGGGAGACUGAUUCCACUGGUCAGGGCCCAAGCUUCGUGACAGCACUGGAAAAGCUCCUAGGAUUUUGUAGUAGUCACAGGCUUCACAGUCCCUGUGUCACUCACUGGAGAGUUGGAGGGGUUCAACACCCCCCCUGAAAAACACACACACACACACACACACACACACACACACACACACACACACACACACACACACACACAUUCCUCCAAUUGCCCUGUCCUCAGGUGCAGUGGGACUGUUAUGAGCCCCAGGGAUGGGCACAAAGAGGACUUUUAUUUUGUUAGCUCGGACAGUGUGCAAUGGUGCACAUCACAACUUGUGUUUCUUCAGUGUUUGGCAUGAGCGCUGUUUCGCUGUGGCUGUGUCAUGAGAACUUACCAGCAGAAAUCCUUGUUCCUAAGCUACAGAAUGACCAAAAGCUGUCAAGAACUUAAUGUUUGGAAACUCCUUUAAAUGUAUAGUAUUUUAGAACAACAACAACAAAACUCAAUAAACAGUUGAUCUGUGUA